UUCCUCUUAUCUUAGUAUUUCGUUAUCUGCUCGACUGCUGGGUCUGCUGGUACACAAAGCCUCCCUCUCACGAUUUAGAUGAGUCUGGCAACCGCGGGAAGAUCAAACCGGUCGUUAAAACAUUCUUUUUUUCCUCCCGAAUUUUAUGGAUAAACAAAUGUUUAAUGCUCGUUCACUUGGGAGCGUGAAAAAUUGUGAUUCGAUGGCAUCCAUUUCUCAUGAAACUAUUUCUGACGACUUGUCCUUGUGAAAUUUUGCUGGCGAGUCGUAUCAAACUUACAUCAUCCAACUCUAAGUAUUAAAAAAAUAUAUAUCGAUGAUAGCCGCUGGUGUUGCCCACAGAGGCUAGCACAACCCUAUUUCGCCUGUGCUGUUUUACACACAGCUGUCGACAUGACAUUUGCGUCGUAAACAGCGCUGUUGUAGGGGCUGCCCCUGUCUUGCAGUGUAAAGGACAGUCUGUUGUACAUAAUUGUGAAAACAGCAAGCUAGCUCCCAGCUGUGUUAGUUUGUGAUGAAGGUCGGACUUUACUGCACCUUUACUAUGUGAACUUGGAAUACCUUGCCCAUAAUCCUGAAGACUUGAAUAGACUUUAAGGCAAACAAAGAAUGGCAGCUGAAGAAUUUGUUCUGCGGUGGAAUAACCACCAGCAGAAUUUUGCUGCUGUGGUAGAGGACCUGUGGAGGCAUGAUACCUUCACAGAUGUGAUCCUCUGCUCUGAGGGAAGGGUGUUCCCCGCUCACCGUGUCAUUCUAUCAGCUUGCAGCCCUUACUUUCUUGAAAUCCUCAGCAAAGUGCCUGAGCACCAGCAUCCUGUUGUGUUCCUCCAGGGGGUGCCGCUCAAGGAUCUGCAUUCUUUGCUCACCUUCAUGUAUUCAGGAGAGGUGGUUGUAUCAGCUGGGUGUGAUAUGGCCUCGUUCUUUCGAACUGCUGAAAAUCUUCAAAUCAAAGGACUGGCUUCGUCGUUGUUCCCAUUUGCUGUAGCUCCCGAACCCGUAAACACACCACUCAGCGCGAGUGAAGGGGGCGCGGGAUCGGCGGAGAACAUAAAUGCAGGUUACCAAGUGAGCCGUCCAGCACCGGGAAACAGCGGAACAGUUAGCCCACCCAUCACAGGCGACAGGCGAUCCCAUCACGUUUCAAGACCAACCAUAGUAUCCGAACCAAUGCGGCCAUCUUCAGCUGACGUGGAUAGUCCACAACACCAACAACAAGCAAUUAGAAUAGAUGGCCGAAUUACAACUUCUCCUGGACGCGCAAGUCCUCCCCUACCAUUACCCAUACGUGCCCCUGUUAUUGGCCCAGUUGCAGCCGAGCAGCAUGCGUUUUCUCAGCAUCACAGCAUGCUUUUGUCCUCUCUAAUGGGCAACAGGUACUCGCCGACACCACUCACCAACCGAUUAAUACCUGCUGCCCUACCCGUUGGUUUACCAUCUCCAUCAGCGGGACGACCUCCGGUAGUAGUGGCCACUCCGCCGAUAGGAGUUGGGCCAGAAGGACCUUGGGUUCCUCGUCAGCAGCAGGUCGUCCCUAUUGCUCCUCCUAUACCACCAGGGCCAAUCGCCUCCCAACGAAUGCCUACCUAUCCUCCUCCACCCCCGUUGCCUGGGCCGUCGUUUAGCCGACGCGGUCGCCCUCCAUCAGACGUCAACGCUCCUCGUCAAGAGUCUACGCCGACCACUGCGUCUACGAUAGCUGUGUCUGAAGUGCCUGCCGCGGUUGCAGUGGCCGAACCACGACCAGCACCGUCCGCCCAAAAUCAGCCGUUGCGAGUGACAGUGGUGACUCCCCAGGGCCCAGUUACCAUGUUCCAGUGUCCCUAUUGCGGAAAACGCUUUCGGCGAAGAGAUCACUUGCGCCAACACAUCCGCACUCACACAGGUGAAAAACCAUUUCAAUGCAACACCUGCGGCCGCCGAUUUAGCCAGUCGCAACAAGUGCGAAUCCACAUGCGUGUUCAUUCCGACGCCUCGACGACCGGAACGGCCAACCACCCACCACACGUCCCACCCACGCCGGGCCAAGGAUCACUCACAGGGGCUGGCCAUAGUCGAAGCAACAGAGGUCGCGAUUCAUACCUACGUGGCAGCAGCAGCAGUAGCAUUGGUAGCGCCCCAAGAGAAGCCUUUGUGGCCGAAUCGGACGUUCAAUCGAAUGUGAUCGCCUCUCAGCCGGGCAUUGGUGCCGGCUCCAACGGAAGUCCAAGGACUUCUUCGGCCGGAUCGGUUCUUGCAACGACCUCCCCUCCGCCACUGAUACAGACCAAACCGACCAGUCCUCCUCCUAGUUCCUGCGACCAGGAUUCACCGACGGCCAACAAUAAUAAUGCCUAAAGGUGGUAGGUUGGGAUGUAGGGGGAGGUCCUGAGUUAGGAAAUGGGGAAAAAUCUUGUUUUCACAUUAAAUCUUUUAACCUAAGCCUCGUGCGAUAUCCAAGCGCCAUUCAUCGUACUGCCGUACCAUGUUCAAUGCUCUUUAACAAAUUGAAUUUCCCUGCCCUAUAUUAAUACCGCUCCAAAAUAUCUUUCUCUCCAUUUUGGGGCUGGUUCACUGCCAUCAGCCGGUCGAAUUCUUUUUUGCCCCAUUUUCCCUUUAUUUUCCUUUUGGCUAAAGGAGCCUUUUGGGGUGAAACCGGUUAACCGUUGCUUUUUUUUCUAUAUAUAUUAUCGUUGAUUAACCGUGGGCAUUUUUAAAAAAACGAGCGUUUUUUCCACCUUUUUUUUAAGUGUGUGCCUGGUAGGAUUUGCUCUUUUAAGGUCGGUGCCUUUGAUUGGGUUAAGCAGAGAUAGACAAUGCGCUAAACGAGGCGAGAGAAACAAAUAGGCGCAGCGUUGUGUUAGUGAACAGCCCAGUGAUUGUGAUCAUUGAAAUCCGAGACCCAGAAUAUGAGCCAGCGAAGGAGCGUGAGAUUGAAAGUAAAAGAGAAUAGCUGAUUGUGCGAAUUUAAGCAUUUCAGAACAGUCUGUGAUAACCCAGUUGAGUUAGAAUCGACAGAAUUGCACAGCGGAAAAUCCAAAAAAAACAAAACAAUUAUAUAUGUUGCAACUAACUCGUGAUAAAAGGCGCUGUGCUUCUUGGUUGAUAUGUUUCAUGCGUGUUGUUAAAAUAACUCGUAGAUGGAAAAGACGUGGAACUGACUGUGAAAGGAUAUUCUAUCGCGCCAAGCCAUCAAAUGUGUACGUGUGUUGUCCCAAAAAUCCC